AUGAAAUCUCUUCCGGUUGACCUCCUUCCACAUAUUCUUGAACCGUUGCAAAAUGAUCGGAAAUCACUAAAAAAUUGCUUAAUUGUUAGCCGUUUUUGGUGUCGUACUACUUCACGAAUUUUAUGGAGGAAUCCAUUUGCUAUGCUUCCUAAAAUUGACCCCAGUAAUAAUAAUUCACAACAAAGACUUAAAACGAUAAAUCGUCGAAAAGAAAGUCUAAUUUUGGCAUAUACAAUGUGUUUAUUACCCGAGGAAAAAUCAGCAUUAUUCAAAAUUCUAUUUCCUCUUAAGGAUCAUGUAAUCCUGCGUCAACUGAUUUAUAUCAGCAGAUAUUCGUCACAUCCGACAUUUCAAUACGAGAGAUACUUGGAAACUUUAAAUGACACUUCAUUAUUUAAUGCCAUCAAAUCUACCUUUGAGCCUUUAAAUAAGAGGGGAAAAUCGACAACAUGUGAAGAAAUCCAAACAUUUCAAAUAUUUAUGAAAAUGUUUAUUACUCGGGCAACGAAUUUCCGACAGAUUGGUCUAGAAACAAUUUUCACAAAAAACCCCUUAUUCAUAAGUAUGAGUGAUGACAUAAUACAAACGAUAUCACGACGUCAGAAGAAAAUUCACUCGAUCUCUUUGCUAUUUAAACAACAACAAUUUCAAAAUCGCUAUAUACUUAGCCUACCUGAUAACAACAGCCGCGUUAGUACGAUGAAUUAUGAAAAAAAAGGGACAAUCAUAAAUUUGGACAUUAUAAUCACAUUAAUUAAAUCACAGAGGAAUUUAGAAAAUUUUUGGAUAGAGUCCGCACGUGAUGAAGAUUUAACACAAAUUUUGGUCGCAUUACGACAACAUCAUUCGAGUACUUUACAGACAUUAUUAUUUUCGAAAUGCUCGUUUUCGCGACUAGUUCCGGCUGAUUACUUUGCAGCUUUUGUGAAUUUGCGAGAAUUGGUGUUUUCAGAAUCGGAUGGUGUGAGAG